UCAGAAAACAGUAAUUGUGAAACCAUCAUCUUGUAAAGCAGAUAUUUAGAUCAUGAUACUUCCAAAUUGCAUGUAGAACUAUGUCGCCCUACCGACCGUUUGAAGAUCUUAAAGGUUUCCAAGUUUUAUGUUAGUGAGAUAUCUAACCUUGAAACCCAGCUACCAGGUUUUGGGUCCACAAUAACAUAAAGCAAACAAUGUUCAUAAGGAAUUAUAAAAUCAUAUUUAAUGGUGAAUUGUAUUCUACCAUGGCUAUUUUUGUUAUAAGUAAUAUUAGUAGAUUAAUAUACAUCCUUGGUGCAGCACAUCAUAAAGAAUUUAGAAAAAUUGAAAACAAAAGGUGCUGCAUGUCUUUAGCAUCUAUAAUUUAUAUGGAUGGGGGUCUCUUUUUUUAAAUAAAAAUACAAGUGUGUCACGCAUGCCACACUCCAAAUUCUCCUAAUUGAAGGGGUGAGCAAGGCUUGAGAGAAGAUCUUAUCAAAUAAAGUGGGUGGAGGACACAAUUUAUUUUCAUAUAUCGUUCGGCAUUGAAGUUGUACUGAUAAAAUAAAUAAGAGAUAAAAUAAAAUUUCCACCCAACAAAUUAUGUCGUUUCUAAAUUUACUUAUGAUAUGAUCUAAAUAAUGAUGACUUUCAUGGGUCAUGAUUUGUAAAUCAUGACAUUUGGGUUGAGUUGGGCUGGACUAGAUUAUGGAAUCAUCUUAAUAUUUUGACUAAUUUUUGACCUUGUUAGUCUACGGAUUGGGUUCAAAUAGCUCCAUUUCAGACCCAACCCAACCCAAUCCUCAUAUCCAAAUUAAAAACAGACCCAUUUGGAUACUUAAAUUCUUCCCUGAGCCUCCCACUUCGCACUGAGAAUCCUCAAAACACCCUUCUUCUCCUCCUCCUUUUCUAUAUCUCCCAUUUCUCAGAUGUCUUCUCUCUUCUUCAAACGAAUCCUCUCCUUCCAUUACUCCGCUCCAACCAUAUUCUCCAGAUUCUUCAGCAAAUCUCUCUCCACCGACCCUCCCCCUUCCCCCUCCUCCUUCACCGUCCAAUUCCUGGUCUCCUCCUGCGGCCUCUCCUUAACCUCCGCCCUCUCCGCCGCCCGCCGCCUCCACCUCGAUCCUUCCUCCGCCGCCAACUCCCUCGCAGUCCUCUCCCUCCUCCGCUCCCACGGCCUCUCCCCCUCCCACAUCGCCCGCAUCGUCUCCGUCCGCCCCUCCCUCCUCCGAUCCCGUCCCGACCUCACCCUCUCCCCCAAGCUCUCCUUCCUCUCCUCCUCCCUCCCCCCCUCCCAUCUACCCCUCCUCCUCUCCUCCUCUCCCUCCCUCCUCUCCUGCAGCCUCCAAUCCCACAUCAUCCCCGCCUUCUCCCUCCUCCGCCUCUUCCUCCCCUCCCCCGACUCCCUCCUCCUCGCCGUCCGCCGCUUCCCCCGCCUCCUCUCCUCCAACUUCCCCUCCACCGUCGCCCCCAACGUCGACCUCCUCCUCUCCCGCGGCGUCCCCGCCCCCCACAUCUCCGCCCUCCUCGCCGCCCAACCCCGCGCCCUCACCCUCCCCCCUGCCCGCUUCGCCGCCGCCGUCGACUCCGCUGCCCGCUUCGGCGUCCGCCCCGAGACCGCCAUGUUCGUCCACGCCGUCCGCGCGCUCAAUGCCAUGCGGCAUUCCACCUGGGACGCCCGGCUCGCCUUCCUCCGCCGCUCCCUCGCCUGGUCCGACAAGGAGAUCGCCAUCGCGUUCCGCCGCGCCCCGCUGUUCGUGCUCGUGUCGCAGGAGAAGAUGAGAAAGAUGGUGAGGUUCUUUGUGAACGAGGUCGGGUUGACGCCCAAGGUUCUCGCCCGGCAACCGAAGCUGCUGAUGUAUGGGCUGGAGAAAAGGCUCUUGCCGAGGUUCAGGGUAUAUCGUCUGCUGGAAUCCAAGGGACUGCUUAAGAAAGAUGGGAAUAGUAAGAGGAAUAAGUUGGGGCCAUGGUUGUUUGCUUGUAACGAGAACGAGUUCUUGGAGAAGUAUGUGAUCAGAUACAGCAGAGAGGCUCCGGAAGUGAGGGAUGUAUACUGCAGCAAGAUCGGAGUUGAGGAAUCGUAGAUGAAAACUUCUAAAAAAAAAUGUCGAACAUCUUGGAUUGAUUAACGCGACUUUGGAAAUAAGUUCUGAAGCAAGCUGCUGGCGCAAUUUUUUGCUCAUGAGGGUCCCUCUUUUUUUUGUCUCUGGAUUGGUUAUUUGAAGAUUCUUUAGUAAUCCCAAAUGAUCAUUCUAAGAAGAUAAAAAGGAUGCAUUGAAGAAAAAAUUCUAUCCGAAGGGGAAAAAAGUUGUUUUUGUUUUGCUCGAUUCAUGGAUGAAGUUCAUGGGGACAUGUGAGUUGUAAUUCAGAAAGAGAAGGGGAACAAUCGCCAUCGGUUGCGAGCCUCUAGCCGGAGCCAUAUGAAAAUUCCUGUACACCAAAGCAAUUUGCAGACUCACAGGAGUUGCUAGGAAAAUUGGCUCUUUAGAAAUAUGGAAAUCAUGCAUGUGGAGCUUCUCAUGUCAUUCAUACCUCUGCCUGUCAUAGAUCCAACAUUGCUGAUCCUAAAUCUUUUCAAGGUACGUUAUACAUGCGAAUAUCAAUGAUAUCUACUGUGUGAUAAAUAUGCCGUCUCCCCGUAUAUACUGAUAGAUAGAAGGCCCUUCAAUGUCCAUCUCAGCAUUGGAUUAGAUUUGUUGCCGGCAGGGGGACUGUUGAGCCAUACGAGCUCUCCGUGGUGGCUAACGAAGUGAAACCGCCCCUUGUAGUGGUAUGGCACACUGAUGGAUAAGCUUGCAAAGACAGAUUCUGCCCAAAUUUCAGGCCUUAAUUUUGGAUUGGAGCCUUUAAUCAGCCAAAUGAAAAGAUAUAAUAAUCUAAUUUGCCAACAACAUAUGCAAAUUGUAAAUUAGUUCAAACCAAAUCAAUUCAUAAGUUUUACUGUAAUACGAAAAGAUAACCAAAUAAAAAAAAAUAUCUGAAGAAGUUUCUGCAUUA